UUUAUUCUAUUCUCACGUUUUCUGUGUGCGCUCUCCAUUCCAUUGCCUACGGUUUACGGCGGGUCGUUCGUGGUCAUUUCCAAACGAGUGCUCUAUCGAAACGCAUGACGUUUUGUUUUUAAUCUCUUUUUUUGCUAUUUAAAAAGCCGUAUUUUUUUUCAACGCGACCACUCCGACGUCGACAGUCGCCGCCACACGCCGUGCCCGUCAACGACACAGUAACGAUACACACGACAACAAGUAAUUUUCAAGCCGUGUCGAGUAACAGCAACGGGAAACAGUCGACACUCAUAGUAGAUACGAACAUACGCAUGUCAAUCCAGAACCUCAACGUAUUCGACCCGUUUGCAGAUGCAAUCAAGGGUGCAGACGAUGACGUUCAAGACGGGCUUGUACACAUAAGAAUUCAACAGCGUAAUGGUCGUAAGACAUUGACAACAGUCCAAGGUCUGUCUUCGGAGUAUGACUUAAAGAAGAUAGUACGCGCCUGUAAAAAGGAGUUUGCUUGCAACGGAACAGUUGUUGAACACCCGGAAUACGGAGAAGUGUUGCAAUUGCAAGGCGAUCAACGAGAGAACAUUUGUCAGUGGUUGACAAAGUGUGGCCUAGCAAAGUCCGAUCAACUGAAGGUCCAUGGUUUUUAAAUCUCGAAACAUGCUACAAAGCGGAGCAGCGCCAUUCAUUAUUAUUACAUCGUAACAUAGCCAGACAAAUUAUUAAGAAGAAGAAAAAAAUUAUACUUUCAAAUUUCAAUUCGAUAAAUAUGCUUUAAUAAAUUAUAAAAACAUACAAUGCCAAUCUCUAGUGAUUCUCAAAUUUGUAUAAUUUAACUGUGUAAAUUAAAAAAAAAAAAAAUGUACAUCAAUGCUACCGACGUAUUUAGAGAAACAAUGCAUUGUUAUUUCAUCAAAAAUUACAUGUAAAAAAUAAACCCACCCAUUAAUUAAAAUCUGUAUUAUAUUUUGUCCUCAUAAUGUAAUGAUUUUUGGUGUGAAAAGUUAAAAAAAAAUAUAUAUAUAUGUAUGUAUGGUAAUUUAUCUUUUAUUUAUACAUAUAUACAUACGUAAUU